AUGCCUUUUGCCAAAAAUGUCAUCAACCUAAUACCAGCAGAAAGUAAAGAUGCAUACGGCGAUUACAGACUACAGCAGAUACCUUACGGGUUAUUUGAAAUUGAAAAAGAUGAAUAUGGUAAUAACAAAGUUUUAGGCAAGGGUGGUUUUGGUAAAGUAUAUAAGGCUAAAUGGAAAGUGCGGCUUCUCCACUAUAAUCCAUAUAAUGAUGUUGUCCUCAAAUUUCUUCAUGGUUCUCAGAAUAUCACCCUGGAAUUUCUAAUUGAGGUGACUAAUAAUAUUUUGGCUAAUGAUUACAACACUUCUCCCUAUACUGUUAAGUGCUGA